AUGAAGGAAAUGCAGAGAAAUAUUAGAGAAGAAACACUUCAGAAACAAACAGAAAGAGAUAGAAUACAUUUCGAAGAAUUGCAAUCUUACGAUUGGAAGACUUACCCUCAUAGAUGUCUUCUUAUCUUAGAUGACUUUGCUUCUCAUCCUUUGUUAAAGAAUAGAGAACAAGACAUGUGUCGAAUUCUUAAGAAGCUCAGACACUUUAACAUCUCAGUUGUCAUUUGUGUACAGACAGCAAAGAGUUUAAGUAAAGAUGUAAAGAGAAUACUGACUGACAUUAUACUUUUCCCCGGAUUGUCCGAAGACGAUUUCAUGGAACUUAUGAAAGAGUCCAUGCAGGUAAGUUUGACAGACAUGAACUAUGGGAAGUAUAAAGUCAUACAAGACCCUCAUACUUCUUUCAGAAUUCACAUCUACGCAAACAAAGUUCAAAUUGUAAAAAGUCAAGCUUGA